AAACCGAAUUCAUGUAACGAGCUGCGUUGGAGAUGUCGAAUUUGAGUCUUCCUAUAACUGGAUGCUGUGUUUACGAUUGAGCCUAUUGUUGCGGUCGACAGUUUAAUAGUUUGAAGAGUAAUAAUAAUAGUAGAUAAAAGUAUCAGGAGAAUGAUUGCUAGUAUCUUUGCGUGGACCAUUUCCGGCGUCAUAUCAUUUUAAAAUGGAUGGAUCCAAUCUUUGACGUGGUAACAGGAAUUUGUGGAUGGAGUUCAUUUGUCGUUCAUGUGAAAUCAAGAAUGCAGUUUAUCAAAGCAUCUCUUUGUCUCUUUGCAUACGUAUGCUUGUGCGUAAUAUUAUAUAAGAUCAAGGAGGAUGAAUUUUUUCUGUGGACGAGAAGAAGUUCUGAUAAAAUAAAUCGCACGUGCGAUGACUGCGGUGUAGAAUUAAUUUAUAAAAACUGUGAAGAGACAUUUUCUCAGGAUGUUAAAUCCUUUAAGGACAACGAGGUCCAAAACAAUGUUAUAGUUUUACAGGAUAUGGCUGCGGCUCUUCAACAAGUGUCGGAAGUCUGCACGAAAUAUAAUAUCAGUUCGCAGUUAAACAGAAGACAUUUUUUAUACAGUGAAAUUCACAAAGCUAUGUAUUGUUGGAUAAGAAAAGUUGCUUCUUCGAGUUUUACUAAGUUGUUUUUUGAUAUGAACAAUCUCUAUGUGACUCACGACUAUUACAAGGAAAUUGAUAGAGUGACUCCGAAAACUGAAGCAAGAUUGCAAACUCUAAUUGACCAACCUAAUUUGUUUAAAUUUCUAAUUGUGCGACAUCCAUUUGAGAGAAUUGUAUCAGCUUACAGAGAUCGGAUUGAAGACAACAGUAAGUACACGGCACAGGCGUGGAUAUAUGUUCCCAAGAUAUUUUCCUUGACAAGACCGCAAUUAUUUUAUUCGAGCAUAGCAACAGGUGGCGUUUUGGAAAAAAUUUAUCAUCGAAAUAGAAGAUUGAAGCUAAUUCCGAGUUUCAAAGAAUUUAUUACCUGGCUUUUAGAAGAAUCAGUUUCAGUAGAUGAUGUACAUUGGGAUCAAUACCAUUUGCAUUGUUCUGCCUGUGAUAUUAAUUAUAAUUUCAUUUUGAAAUUAGAGAAUCAUACUAUAGACCAAAUUGAUGAUAUCUUCCUUAAAUUGCAAUUAAACAAGAAGAAUGUAUAUCUACCUAGACUAGAAGAAACGCAUAAUGGAGUUACAGAUUUCGAUCAGACGUGUAGUUACUUCAAAAAUCUUUCUCAAGAUGCAGCAUUCCAAUUGUACGAACGAUAUAAGAUCGAUUUUGAAAUGUUUAAUUACGAUUACGAGAAAUAUGUGGAAUGUGCCAAGGGGGAAAAUUAAUCAAAUGAAGAUCGACGUGUUUCUAUAA